GGACUCGAAACCCUCCCACCGAAACCGCGCCUGGAUUUACCACCUCACCAAAGGCACAGCCCGCUUCCAGCUGGCUGGGGGAGCACCUGAACCUCGUUAUAAAAUGUUUUCGAAUUUAUUCCAUGCUAUUUGCGGGUUCCGCGUUUACUUUCUGUUUCUCUGGCUGUGCACAGGCCCACUCUGCUCGAGUGUGUCGAAAGUGCGAGCUGUGAGCUACAGGCCAUCCUGUCCCCUUCCUGCUCUUCACUCUGGCUGGAAGGAGCAAGACCAGAGGCACUGAAGGGGAAGAUGCACAAGUUGCAUUUCAGCGGAGACCCUGUACCGGAUUGUGUGUUGAACGACAUCCAGACACUUAAUAAACUCUCCAGCCAGCAAUUCUCAGCAUUGACCGAGAUAAUCUUCCGCUUUAUUACAGAACCCACCGAGUCAGAACGAUUAUUAAAUCAACUCAGUGAGUUUGCCUCUCAGAAUGGAAUGAGCCCAGGCCCACUGAAAAAUAUUAUGAAAAGCAUCCUCUUGGUUCCUACUGGUGCCUUGAAAAGGAAUUUGACAGCUGACCAUGUCAAGACUGAUUUUGUUACUCUGGGGCUAAGUGAGGAGAAGGCUGGAUGCUUUGCAGAUCAGUGGAAAUUGAAUUCUGCGGUGCUGUCAAGACUGGCAGUGGGACAAACGUUGACUGUCAAUCAAUUAGUAGAUAUGGAGUGGAAAUUUGGAGUAACAGCAGGGAGCAGUGAAUUGCAAAAGGUUGGCAGUGUAUUUUUACAGUUAAAAUUAGUCAUAAAGAAGGGGAACAAGAGUGAAAAUGUUUACAUGGAGUUGACUUUACCACAGUUCUAUAACUUCUUACAUGAAAUGGAACAAGCCAAGGCUAGCCUUGAAUGUUUCAGUUAAAUUGCUGCAUCAUUAUUCAUCAAAUUGUUUGAACUAUAAACAAAGCUCAUUUUCUACAGGUUCAAAAAAUCCAUUUGUACAUUCAAGUAAAAUAAAUCUUCAUUAUUUAUAACUUUGAAUUGAUAGUGAAUCGUGUUCAGGAAGCACCUGUUGCCUUUAUCAGUUAUAAAUGUUAGCAUAGUUUAACAAUUAUGUAAAUAAAAUUAUUCUGUGCCAAGUGUA